AUGGAUGACGACAGCGAUGGUCAUACCAGGUGGCCUGCCUGCCACCGGUGUCACAGUUCCAAAUUGCGCUGCAGGAGGGCUCCCAACCAGAGAGCAUGCAACCGGUGCAUCCGGGCCCAGGCCGAAUGCUCCCCUCGUCCCUCGCGGCGGGGCCAGCAGGUUGCGAGUACGACGGCGAAUCUAAACAAUGCCGUUUAUCCAACCCAAGGGACGGGCUCCACUCUGCCGGUCAUGGAUCUAAGCAUGGGCGGCACUACCAGCUCAACAACACCGCCUGAUAAUAUCAAGGCAUUGGACUCGUCCAGUCUUGGCACUCUCGAUACACUCGACUCACGUAUGCUCCAGGCCAUGGACUCGUGGCCACGGCUGAGCGGAUCUGACAUUUCCUCCCCUAUCAAUCCGCUAUUGUACCAAGAUUUCUUCCAUCUCACAGAGGUGCCGACGGCAUUGGGCGGCAAGCCUCAGCUGGGUGGGCUCCAGAAUGCCUCGGCGAGUGAAGCUGAGGGGAGCCAGGCGAGCCAAAUUGACCGCACAAUGAACGAUAGCGAACAAGCACUUGGGCACCGACAAAGCCGGACAACCGGCCUGGAUGCUCGGGUCCACGAGCUCGCCCGCCUCAACAUUCUUCUGGUGAGUCAGCAGGAAGCAACGGCAGAGUCCAUCCACGCACUGCGGGCGUCGCCAGAAGCCCAGGCGUAUGGCGGCCGCCAGAGUGAUUGCUUGAACUUGGAGGAAACGCUGCGGAUAGCGCUCCAGCUGCUUAGUAUCCUCCGCCAGUCGGCGCCGGCCCAUGAUCCGGCGACGGCCCUGCUCUUCCUCUCGUGCUAUUCGCGCCUGGCAGCCAUCUUCCGCAACGUGUUCGAGUGCCUCCAGCGGAUUCUCGACGAGGGCAGCACCAUCUCGCAGACGCCGCUGUCUCGCCUGUUCCCCCGCGUGCAGCUGGGGUCAGUCUGUCUCGGCGACGGGAGCGAGCGGCUGCAGGCCGAGAUGGUGCUCGAUGCUUCCGAGCGUGUCUUUAUCGACAUCUCGAUGAAGAUUGAACUAAGAUUCACCGAGAAGGACCCCACAUCUUCUGGGGGGCAGGAAGCAGAGUCUCAGUGGCCCACCUUUGGCAUGUUGGAUGAAGGUAUUCGCAUUGUGCCCGCGGAGCGCUCGGUGGUGACGGGACUUGUAGACAAGCUUAGAAGCGCAUUGAAGCAAUAUUAG